AUGACGAGCCCAUUAAACGUCAAUGAGGAGUACAAGAAGACCCUCAGAACGAAAUCUUUCGUCGACAUGUGCUCCAAAGUCCAUCAACAGCUCCGGCGGACCAUCUCAUCUUCCGAGGACGAUGAUGGUGAUAAGGAUGAGGCGAGUCAUCGUCCAACCGUAUCAUACACUAAACACUCCGAGUUCCUUCUCGAGCUCAGUCAAGAAUCUGUUGUCGAAGCAGCCACGGCCACCAUUGAUGGCUGCAGCGCCUACCUCUAUCUCCACUCCCUACUCCUCGAGUAUUUUGAUGUCACAUUCAGGGCGUGCACGGCGUGCACUAAUGUUUUGGCAUCCAUCAACCGCGCCAGAGAACGCCACCGGUCGAUUCGCCAUCUUCUCAUCAAACUGUCAUCUACUUGUUUAUUUGAUGGUGAUUGCACCGAGUUCGACCGUCUUGCUUCCCUUCUCCAGCUAGAUAAUCCGCUCCACCCACAGAAUCUUGCCAACUUUCAAUCUGUGCAGUCCCAUUGUAGUCUUCUGAUGCAGCAACUGGCAAGAGCUCAUCGGGGAAUCCUCAGAAGGCUGAGAUUUGUCCGGCUAACCAAGAAGGCAACCGGAAUCGUAAUGAUCAGUACAUGCAACGUCGCCUUAGUGGUCGCAGUGGUCAUCGCGGUGCACACGGUGAUCGGUUUCGGAGUCGUGGCGGCGGCAGCUCCGGUGGUGAUGGCGACAAGGCCACGGGCGGGGAUGAGGUGGGCGAGGACCAAGAGAGCGAGGGAUUUGGGAAGGUUGGGCGCGCAGGUGGACGCAGCGGCCAAGGGUGCGUACAUCGUGGGGAGGGACUUGGACACGGUGAGCCGAAUGGUACGGCGGGUGCAAGACGAGGUGGAGCACGAGCAGGAGGUGGCGAGGAUGACGUUGAGGGCCAGGGAGCGGCAGCUCGUGAGGGAGGUGGCCAGGGUGGUGGAAGGCGGGGCGGCGGGUAUGGAAGCGCAGAUGGAGGAGUUGAAGGAGCAUGUCUGCUUGUGCUUGAUCACCAUCAACAGGAGCAGGAGGAUGGUGGCACAGGAGAUGAUGGAAGGUGGUGCUGAGCCUGCAGUGGCCAACGCAAUGGCUUGA